CAAUCCUCCUCUUCUUCUUGAAACCCUCAUAUAUCUGUGUUUUGAGGGCCUCUCAUAUCACACACCUACCAAACGGCGCCUUUUUUUCGUCCACCAACGCCGUCAAUCAAAAAGCCCUAGAUCCCCUUCCAUUUUCCGAUCUCAAGAUGGUGUCAGAUGCGAGUAAAAAGAAGGCUCUCCAGAAGAAGGCAGCCGCCGCUGCCAAGAGAGGAGGUAAAGCCGCCGCCGCCGCCACCUCCGCCAAGGCGGCUGCUGUCGGUACGAUGAACGGCAGCUCCAGCUCCGAUAAUUUGUCAAACGGGAUGGGGAAUCUCGUUAUUUCUGAUCGGACUUGUACUGGUGUUCUUUGUUCUCAUCCCUUAUCUAGGGAUAUUAGGAUAGAGUCUCUGUCACUUACUUUCCAUGGGCAUGAUCUCAUUGUUGAUUCUGAGCUGGAGCUUAACUAUGGAAGACGGUACGGUUUACUUGGAUUGAAUGGCUGUGGGAAAUCAACUCUUCUUACUUCAAUUGGAUUGCGAGAGCUUCCAAUUCCUGAGCAAAUGGAUAUAUUCCAUCUCACUAGAGAAAUUGAAGCUUCUGAUAUGUCUUCACUCGAAGCUGUCAUGAACUGUGAUGAUGAAAGGAUAAGAUUAGAAGCAGAAGCUGAGCGUUUGGCUGCACAGGAUGCUGGGGGUGGUGAAGCACUUGAUCUUAUUUAUGAACGUCUAGAUGCCUUGGAUGCAUCCACUGCAGAAAAACGUGCUGCUGAGAUCUUAAAUGGUCUAGGGUUUAACAAGCAAAUGCAAGCAAAGAAAACACGAGACUUUUCUGGUGGUUGGAGAAUGCGUAUCGCUUUGGCACGUGCACUGUUCAUGAACCCGACCAUCUUGUUGCUUGAUGAACCCACAAAUCAUCUUGACCUCGAAGCUUGUGUGUGGUUGGAAGAAACCCUGCAGAAGUUUGAACGAAUACUCGUUGUAGUAUCACACUCUCAAGAUUUCUUGAAUGGUGUCUGCACCAACAUAAUACAUAUGCAAAGCAAGAAAUUGAAGUUGUAUACAGGUAAUUUUGACCAAUAUGUUCAGACCCGGUCAGAACUUGAAGAGAAUCAGAUGAAACAAUACAAAUGGGAGCAGGACCAGAUUGCUAACAUGAAGGAGUACAUAGCCCGUUUCGGACACGGGUCUGCUAAACUGGCUCGUCAGGCGCAGAGCAAAGAGAAAACUCUAGCCAAAAUGGAACGUGGUGGUCUGACUGAGAAGGUGUCUCGUGACAGCGUUCUUGUGUUCCGGUUUACUGACGUGGGUAAGCUUCCACCACCUGUUCUUCAGUUUGUCGAGGUUUCUUUUGGUUACACACCUGAUAACCUCAUCUACAAGUGUCUUGACUUUGGAGUUGACUUGGAUUCCCGUGUUGCACUGGUGGGACCCAAUGGAGCUGGUAAGAGUACACUUCUGAAGCUAAUGACGGGGGAGCUGACUCCCCUUGAUGGCAUGGUGAAGCGUCACAACCACUUGAAAAUAGCUCAGUACCACCAACAUUUGGCUGAGAAGCUUGAUUUGGAAUUGUCGGCGUUGUUAUAUAUGAUGAGAGAGUAUCCUGGUAAUGAAGAGGAAAAGAUGCGGGCUGCUAUUGGUAGAUUUGGACUUACUGGAAAAGCACAAACGAUGCCUAUGAAGAACUUAUCAGAUGGUCAAAAGAGCCGUGUGAUAUUUGCUUGGUUAGCUUAUAGACAACCUCAGAUGCUGCUUUUGGAUGAGCCGACUAAUCAUUUGGAUAUUGAGACAAUUGACUCGCUAGCUGAGGCUCUGAAUGAAUGGGAUGGUGGAAUGGUACUUGUUAGUCACGACUUUCGUCUCAUAAACCAGGUGGCUCGUGAGAUUUGGGUGUGUGAAAAUCAAGCUAUAACGCGAUGGAAUGGUGAUAUUAUGGGUUUCAAGGAGCACUUGAGGACCAAGUCUGGUCUGUCUGGUUAGUAUGUCAGUCAGGGUGGCUUUACUAUUAUAGGCUCCAUAUUAUACCAAGCUCAAGAGCCAUAUCAUUAUGGUACUUGGGAUGGGGAUCGAGUCAAGUGAAUGGUCUGUCAUACAUGGUUACAUGCUGAGGUGGGACCAUGAUUAUAAGCCAAAAAGGAGUUGCAAGAGAAUGAUGGGCACUAUUACCUUUGGUAAAUUUUUAGGUGCUUUUGAACCUUUUUCAUUUCUCUUUGUGGACUUCUUUUUUUCUCUUUUAAAUUUAGGUUUGUUUUUGUGCACUAUAUUUUGAAUUUAGUUUACCAGCAACAAACAUAUAUGCCUUCGGCCCCUCUACUUAUGAUUGCUACAAUUUUUAUUCAAGAGUGUAAUGACUUACUUCUAAAGCUAAAUUUGGAUUUUGUAUUCA